AUGGCAGAUAAUCCUCAGCAGUCAGGGAAUAACAGUGUUUCGGCAUUUUUAUGGGCAUUGGUUCCUGCCCUUAUAGUCUUUGCUGUUUACCUUCUUAUCUUCGUUAUUAUGCGUAAGAAGCAAAAGAGAGUUUAUGAACCAAGAUCACUGGUUUCCACAGUUCCUAAUGAUCUUCAACCGGAAAACCCACCAAGAGGUGCUUUCUCUUGGAUAACUACCUUGAUGAAGAAGUCUGAAACUUACUUGAUUCAAUAUGCUGGAGUUGAUGGCUAUUUUUUCAUUAGAUUCUUGUUUGAGUUUGCAAUUGUUUGUAUUUUCGGUAUUUUACUCACUUGGCCCAUCUUGUUCCCUAUUAAUGCUACCAAUUCUAGAGACCAAAAAGGUUUAGAUAUGCUUUCCUACUCCAAUGUUAAGUCCAAAUGGAGAUUCUUGGCUCACGUUUUUGUUUCCUGGGUAUUCUUUGGAUCCGUUCUUUUCUUGAUCUACAGAGAAUUACGUUACUACACAACUUUCAGACAUGUUUUGCAAACGACUCCAAUGUACGAUUCCUUAUUAAGUUCAAGAACUGUUUUGUUAACUGAACUCCCUAAGGAUUUGAUGGAUGAGGAUGAAUUACGUCAAUUGUUCCCUUCUGCAUUGAAGGUCUGGUACUACAGAAAAUACAAGCCUUUGCAAAAGAAGUCAAAGGAAAGAUCUAAAUUAGCCAACAAGUACGAGAGUACAUUGAAUGCAGUAAUCAAGAAGGCUAUCAAAAUCAGAAAUAAGGCUAUUAAAAAGGGUAAACCAGUCCCAGAACCUGAAAAUCAUAUAGAUUCUUACUUGAAGAAAAGACCAACUCAUAAGCUCAAGCCAAUUAUUGGAAAGAAAGUGGAUACUUUGGAUUAUGGUGUUGAACAUAUUUCUGACUUGAAUCAAGAAAUUGGUGAUAUGCAAAAGAACCACACAAAGGAAUUUGAAAAGGUUAACGCCGUGUUUUUGGAAUUCCCAUCUCAAUUAGAGCUGCAAAAGGCUUACCAAGCUUGUCCUUACCAUCCUUUGUUGAAGAAGGCUCGUCGGUUUAUCGGUGUUUCCCCUGAUGAUGUUAUUUGGGAUAACCUUGCUUUGUCUAAAUACGAACGCUGGGUCAAAUGGUUAGGUGCAACUGCUUUCUUGAGUGCAAUGAUUAUUUUCUGGGCCAUUCCAGUUGCUUUCGUUGGUUCUUUGUCCAAUAUUUAUAAUUUGAUCAAUAAGGUGAAAUUCUUGAGUUUUCUUUUGAAUUUACCAUCAUUUCUUAGAGGUCUUGUUCAAGGUUUGUUGCCUGUUGUAUUAUUGGCAGUAUUGAUGAUGUUGGUUCCUAUUGUGAUUCGUCUCAUGGGUAAAUUACUGGGUUGUAUUACAGUUCAACAAGUUGAAGCUUAUUGUCAAUCAUGGUACUAUGCCUUCCAGGUUGUUAACGUCUUCCUUGUUGUUACCCUCUCCUCUGCCGCAUCUUCAUCUGUGACACAAAUCAUUGAAAAUCCUGGUUCAGCAUUGUCAAUGUUGUCAGAAUAUAUCCCUAAGGCUUCUAACUUUUACAUUUCCUAUUUAUGUUUGCAAGGUUUGUCAGUCUCUUCUGGGUUAUUGGCUCAAGUAGUUGCCUUAAUUUUGGCUCAAUUUUUGGGUAAGAUUUUGGAUAAGACUCCAAGACAAAAGUGGAACCGUAGUAACAUACUUGGUCUGCCAGGUUGGUCCACCACCUAUCCAGCAUUUCAGUUACUUGCAGUUAUUGCUCUUUGUUACUCAAUCAUUGCACCACUCAUUCUCGGUUUCACCGCAAUCGCCUUUGUCCUUUUCUAUUUGGCAUUUAUUUAUACUUUGGUUUACGUUCUUGUUCCAAACGCGAACGAUGCUAAGGGACGUAAUUACCCCAGAGCCUUAUUACAAUUGUUUGUUGGUCUCUACUUGGCUGAACUAUGUUUGAUUGCCAUGUUUGUCUUUGGCAAGAAUUGGGUCUCUGUUGGCUUGGAAUCCGUAAUUGGUCUUGUGACAGUUGCUUGCCAUAUUUUCUUCAGAUACAAAUUUGAGCCAUUGUGGGAAGUUGUCCCUAUCAGUGCUAUUAAAUAUGCUAGAGGUGACGUCCAUGCUACCUACCCAGAACACGAUCAUGGUAGAAAGGAAAUUCAAACAGAAGGUAAGAAUUACUGGGAAGGUGGAAACCAAUUGGUGGACGAAGCCUACUACAAACUGGAAAGUGAUGAAUCAUUACAACAUCAUGCUGAAGGAAAGUCUGAGUUACACGAUGAUGAUGACCACGUUCCUGUGCCAUCAUCUCCUUCAGCUCCAGUUUGGCAAGAAGUCAAGGACCCUCAUCCUGCUACUGAAAAGGGCGGUCCCGAUACGGCUCCUAAGAACCCUGUUAAUUGGAUUAGUCGCUUCUUCCGUCCUUCAUCAGAAUCAUUUGAUUUGCUUCGUAAGAUUAUGCCUGCUUUCUUUUUGAACUACAUUGAGUACAAUGAAGACUUUGUUGCCCAUGCUUACAAUGAUCCUGCUGUUAGCGAAGGACCACCAGAGAUCUGGGUUGCUGAAGACAAUUUGGGUUUAGCUGAGCUGGAAAAGGCUAAGGCAGCUGCAAAGAAUGUUAAUGUUAUUACUGCUAACGCUGUUUUUGAAAAGGAUGCUCCAGUUCCUACUGGACCUCCUCCAUCUUAUGAGGAAGCAUUGAAGGUUUGA